AUGGCGAAACCGGAUGAGAAACUGGGGUUCGACCCGGAAGCGUUGAAAGCAAAGUACCUGGCCGAGCGUGAAAAGCGAAUCCAAGCCAAUCCACAUGGGGUUGACCAGUAUCGAUCGGUCGAGGGUGCCCUGGCUCACUAUCUGGACGAUCCAUGGGCCGGUCAAGAUGACCACCGAGAGCCUCUCGACAUCAAGACCGACGUUGUGAUAGUCGGUGCCGGGUACGGAAGCGAGCUCCUGGCAUAUCAUCUCGAGAAGAACGGGAUUUCGGAUUACAAGAUUCUCGAAAAGGGGGCGGACUUUGGUGGUGUCUGGUAUUGGAAUCGCUACCCUGGUGUACAGUGUGACAUCGAAUCUUAUAUCUAUAUGCCACUGUUGGACCGUAUCGGGUACAUCCCCACAGAAAAAUACGCCCACGGGCCAGAGCUCCUAGACUACGCAAAAAGACUUGCGAGGGAUCUAAAGCUGUACGACAAAGCUAUUUUCAAGACAGAGGUCUUGAGCAUCCGUUGGAACGAGAACAGUUCGAUGUAUUCGGUGCAAACCAACCACGGAGACAAGAUAUUCGCGCGUUUUGUGGUCGGUGUCGCCGGCUCGCUCCAUCGGCCAAAGCUACCGGGAUUUCCUGGCAUCGAGACGUUCAAGGGACGGAGUUUCCACUCGAGUAGGUGGGACUACAAAUACACCGGAGGCGACUCGACCGGUGGCUUGGUCAACCUCAAGGAUAAGAAAGUGGGCAUCAUUGGCACAGGAGCCACGGCGGUUCAGAUUGUACCUCACCUCGGCCAAUGGGCAAAGGAGUUGUACGUCUUCCAACGAACCCCGUCUUCGAUCGACGUGCGCAACAACCGACCAACGGAUCAAAAUUGGGCCAAAACCCUCACGGGGAGUUGGCAGCAACGACGUAUGGACAACUUCAACAAUAUCAUCGGCGGCGCUCCGGAGGAGGAAGACCUAGUCAUGGAUGGGUGGACCGACAUAAUCCUACGGUUGUUCCCGUCGAAAUCUGACGGCAAUGCGGAACUGAGCAAAGAAGAAAAGGAAAAGCGGAGGCAACUGGCCGAUUUCGAGAAGAUGGAAGAAAUCAGAAGGCGAGUCGACCGCAUCGUCAAAGACCCCGAGACGGCCGAGAGCUUGAAGCCGUAUUAUAACCAGUUUUGCAAGCGGCCAUGCUUUCACGACGAUUAUCUCGAUACGUUCAAUCGUCCAAACGUCAAGCUCGUCGACACCAAAGGACGGGGUAUCGAGCGAGCCACGGAGAAGGGAGUCGUGGCGAAUGGCCAGGAGUACGAACUCGACUGCCUAAUCUACGCCACAGGCUUCGAGCGAGCAACGUCAUGGACGCAUCGCGCUGGAAUGGAGGUAUACGGCAAGAAAGCGCUGCCUCUAUCCGAAAAGUUCGCAGACGGCCCGAGCACGUUCCAAGGCUGGAUCACCAGAGACUUUCCAAACUUUUUCAUGAUUACGACCGUACAAGCAUUCAUCACGCCCAACUUUCUGCACACGACCGCCAUACAAGCGGAGCAUAUUGCCUAUGUGAUCUCAGAAUGCAAGGCCAGGAACAUUCAGGCCAUAGAGCCUACUCAAGCCGCCGAAGACGAGUGGGUGGAAAUGAUCAUUGCGUCGGGAGAAGACUCGAGGGCGUUCCACAGCGAGUGCACGCCAGGUUACUAUAACAACGAAGGUCAGAUUACGAGACAAUUGGCCAAGAGUUCCUCCUACGGCGGCAGUCCGUUGACGGUGAUAAAUUUGCUGAAGAAGUGGCAGACGGACGGGAAAUUAGAAGGUCUUUCGCCCACAUAUGCUUCGGCGACGGUGGAAACGGUAUCAUGA